AUGGCAUUGCUUCGCCGUGCAUAUUAUUGGCCUCAAAUGGUUGAUGACAUCGCUCAGUAUGUGAAGACUUGUCUAGUAAGCCAGAAGGAUAAGUCAGACCGCUUGAUGCAGGUAGGGCUCUUGGAACCACUAGCUGUCCCAAAAAGACCUUGGGAAAACGUUUCCCUGGACUUCAGCACCGGAUUGCCCAUGGUCGGAGAUCUCACAACUAUCUUGACGGAGCGAUUCAAUGGCAUGCUAGAGGAAUAUCUCCGGCACUUUGUGACCGAAUCGCAGAAGAACUGGCUGAAGCUUCUAGAUACUGCUCAACUGUCUUUCAAUUCACAAAAGAGCUCAAUGGCUUUGGUGAACGAUGGUAGGGUAAGGUCUUAUCCUCGGGGGUGUCAGUGCGGGGGAGGGGGUGCGGAGGGUAAGAGGUCUAAGGGAGCUACUAGGCUGAGAGUGGGUUCUUGGAACAUAAUAACUUUGACUGGAAAAUCUGUAGAGUUAGCGAAGAUUCUCGAGAAAAGGAAGAUUAAUAUAGCUUGUGUACAGGAGACUAGGUGGGUGGGAGAUAAGGCGCGGGAUGUGGGCAGUUUCAAACUUUGGUAUUCUGGGAGGGUGGGGGGCAAGAACGAGGUAGGUAUCUUGGUUGAUAAGGACCUCCGUGAACUAGUGGUGGAGGUUAGGAAGGUGAAUGACAUGCUGAUGACUAUUAAACUAGUUGUUGGAGGUUUUAGUUUGAACAUAAUCAGUGCGUACGCACCAGAAGUAGGCUUGGAUGAGGAAGUCAAGAGGCGUUUCUGGGAGGAUUUGGAUGAGAUGGUCAGGGUAACUGGGCAACCAAAAACCAGAAGCUGUAGGAAAUUGCAGAAGCACUGCUUCGCGUUCGCGGUUGACUCUCUCACGUUCGCGAAGGUGUAUGAAAUUUCAAGCCUUCGCGUUCGCCAUGAUAAGGUCGUGUUCGCGACUGUUCAGUCAACAUUUAUUCUUCACGUAGGCGAAGCGGCCCUCGCGAACGCGUGA